GUUCAACGUCACGGACACCCCAAACGCUCAAAUCGAUCAAUCUCGUUAUACAGAGAGAAGGCAGAACGUUCACUGAAUCUAAUACAUUGUAAACGUGUCGGCCGAGGUUGCAAAGCCGUCUCACAUUGAGGUCCUGGCGGUUCUGGCCACGCUUACUCUAUCCUGCAAAUUGGGCCAAUCACAUGGCUUCCAUUAGAGGACCGACGGCCCGCAUUGAUCCUGCUAAGGCACAAAGGGUGAAUUCAGCACACUUCGUCUUUUAAUACACUCAUCCCACCCCUCUCCGUGCGCUCUGCUCUUUUUUCUCCCCUCAUCACCCCACCAUUGCACUCCCUCCGGCGCCGUCGCAUUACCAUCGCAUUCGAAUUGGACCAUCAUGGAGGCUCUCCUACACCAAUCGCGGUCUAUGUGCCCGUUCCUCCACAAGACCUCUCCCGCCACUUUGCGCUCCCUCUCCACCACCACCGCCGCCGCCAGCAACCAUGCCGUCUCGCCCGGCGCUGGCAGCAUGUCCAAUCUGCAGGUCCUUGCCCGUCGCUGCCCCAUCAUGGGCAAGGCCCUCGCUGUCCAGAGUGCCCGCACUGGACACAGCGCUCUCGCUGGUGUCUUCGGCGGUGCCCGCGCCUAUCAUAGUCGUGUCGGUCGCGCAAAGUUGCACACCUCUACGGCCAAGGAAGCGCGGGCCGUUGAAAUGGAGAGCUUGAGAUCCCAGCAAGUUCCCCCCUACCCCAUUGCGUCCCAGAAGGUCUCGCCCGUUCAGCACCACCAUGCUGGCACUCAUUCCACCCCGAAACCUGCGAAAUUCGACUAUGAGGGAUUCUAUACCCAGGAGUUGGAGAAGAAACACAAGGACAAAUCCUACCGUUACUUCAACAACAUCAACCGCCUGGCCAAGGAAUUCCCCCGCGCUCACAUGGCUUCCAAGGAGGAUAAGGUCACAGUCUGGUGCUCCAACGAUUACUUGGGAAUGGGCCGCAAUCCCCAGGUCUUGAAGACGAUGCACGAAACUUUGGACAUGUAUGGCGCUGGUGCAGGAGGGACCAGAAACAUUUCCGGCCACAACCAGCAUGCUGUGCAGUUGGAGAGCACCAUCGCGAAACUCCAUGCCAAGGAGGCCGCUCUGGUCUUCUCCUCGUGUUAUGUUGCCAAUGAUGCCACUCUGGCCACUCUUGGUAGCAAACUCCCCAACUGCGUUAUUCUGUCGGACAGCUUGAACCACGCUUCCAUGAUUCAGGGUAUUCGCCAUUCGGGUGCGAAGAAGAUGGUCUUCAAGCACAACGAUGUGGCCGACCUUGAGGCCAAGCUGGCUUCCAUUCCUCGCGAGUAUCCCAAGAUCAUCGCUUUCGAGAGUGUCUACAGCAUGUGCGGCUCGAUUGGCCCAAUUGAGGAGAUUUGUGACCUGGCAGAGAAGUACGGCGCAAUCACCUUCCUCGAUGAAGUCCAUGCCGUUGGUAUGUAUGGACCACACGGCGCUGGAGUGGCCGAGCACCUUGACUACGAGGCCCACUUGGCUGGUAGACCCAAGGGCACUAUCAUGGAUCGCAUUGACAUCAUCACCGGAACUCUCGGAAAGGCAUAUGGCUGCGUCGGUGGCUAUAUUGCCGGUUCAGCCAAGCUGGUCGACACCAUUCGAUCCCUUGCUCCGGGGUUCAUUUUUACGACCUCCCUUCCUCCGGCCACCAUGGCUGGUGCAAAGGCUGCGAUUGAGUAUCAGGCAAACUAUCAGGGUGAUAGGCGCCUGCAGCAGCUUCAUACCCGUGCUGUGAAGGCUGCCCUGGAUGCGAGGGAUAUCCCUGUGAUCCCGAAUCCGAGCCACAUCGUCCCCGUCCUUGUGGGCAACGCCGAGGUCGCUAAGAAGGCUAGCGACUUGUUGCUGGACAAGUGGGACAUCUAUGUCCAGGCCAUCAACUACCCUACCGUACCGGUCGGCCAGGAGCGUCUCCGCGUCACGCCCACCCCUGGCCACACGCGCGAGUACCGCGAUCACCUAGUGGAGGCUUUCGACAGCGUAUGGGAGGAACUGGGCAUCAAGCGCACCAGUGAAUGGGCUGCUGAGGGAGGCUUCAUCGGCGUUGGCGAGACGGCGGCGGCGGAGGUCACGCCCCUCUGGACGGAUGAGCAGCUGGGUGUUGAUGCCGUGGUCAAGGGCAUGAAGAGCGGUUUGGAUGCUAGCGGCCUGCUCGAGUUUGUGCUCGAGAAGGAACAUGAGGCUACUGCCAAGGCGGUCAGCGCUGCUGCUUGAGCUAGCUAGUCUGCCGUUUUGUUUUUGUCUGGCCUGUCCACUCCCUACUGCUUGAGGCCUAAGUGAGGUGUUCGUAGUUUUAGCAUAGUGAGCUGCCAAGCGUUGCGUUACUAGCAGUCAAAUAGAACUUCUAUGCUUCAAA